UGUUUAUUACAUUAUAGUGAUGAUGAUUUUCAAAUUGCUUUAAUAAUUCAAAUAGUAAUGCUGUUUGUUUAUAUAAAACAAUGUUAAUUGUUAAUGUUUUUGAAUUCAUAUUUCCUAUUUAGAUUUUAAAAAUUUUUUAAUGACUAAUGGAGAACUUUUACAAUAAAAAGUAAUUAGUUUAAUUUAUUUUUUAUUUAAAUCAACAAACAUCAUUUUUUGUAUAAAUUUUUGGUAGUUUUUCUUUUAAAUAUAACAAUCAUUUCCUGCUAUACUUAAUAUUUAUUUUUUAAUUAUGACAAUAAAAUAAUUGACAACUUAUGUGUGAUUUUUUACUGGUAUAAAAAAGCAUUAUUCAAUAAUCUUUUCACUCAGUUUUUGAAGAUAGAAUACACUUAGAAAAAUAUUUCUAAUCAAAAUGUCAUAUUCUUUGGUUUCUCUUGUGGAAAAAAACAAAAUAGUUGUAGAUGCUGUUGUACCUAGUCAUUGGAUUAAAAAUGACAGAGUAUUUUGGCCUGAAGGUGCAUAUGUAGAACGAAGUGCUAAAAACUUGGAUGAGUUAGAUGAAACCUGGCCUUUAUAUAAGUUAGUUAAAGUUAAAUUUACUGCAGAUGACUAUGAAUGGAUCAAAGGUGUAGUAAUGUCUUCUACUGAAUUUGACAGUGAUGAUGAUACAGAAAUAAAUCAAACAACAGCAAAUAAAAAAAUUGAUAUACCUAAACCUUUUACAAAGUCAAUGGAAACUAUAAAAAGCAAAUCUGUUGACCUACCUAUUCCUCAAAUAAAGUCAAUGAAAAGAAAAUUAGAUCAAUCUGCUGAAUUAAAUAUUAUAUCAAGUAUUACUAACUCUGCUUCCUCAAGCACAUCAUUGAAGCCUGGAAACACACAAAAUUUAGCAGGUAGUUGCAAAAAGAUGUAUCCUUUACCAGAUGCAGAGUUUCAGAGAAAAGUUAUGUUUCAAUUGGCUGAAAUAAAAAACUUGUUGAUAAGUAGAACAGCACAGUUUUCUAACGAUUCAGAGGAAAACAUUAAACAAUGUAAAAGUUCAGAGGAACUUCAUGUUUUAGAAAAAACAAUUGAAGACGGGGAUAUUCAAUACAGUACUUUUGUAAAUCAGUUAUCGUCAAUUGGCGGAAGAAAUCCAGCUAAUACAAUAAAAAAUAUUUUACUGACAGUGACAACAGACAAUGUUUUAUCAGAAUAUAGUAUGAAUGGAUUAAAGAAAAAGAAAAAAUUUAAAGAGCUAAUAAAUCUAUGUAAUGCUAUCACCGAUACUGUUUUAAAGUCUAAUAAAAACCUGACUAAAACAGAAGCAAUGCAACUUAUUGGGAGUGUUAUUAAGCAUUCAUCCGAACGACUAAAGGGAUCGAUUAUCGCUGGUUGAAUUCAAUUAUAAAUUAAAAUUAAAAUUUUUGUAAAUUAUUUAAUUUAAGAUAUAUUAUCUAUAAUACUUUA